AGCAGCGGAUGACGAUGCGCUCUCCGCGGCAGCAACCGCGCUACUGAGAAAAAGCCGCCAACGACACUCCCGAACUCCGCAUUCACAUCGCCAACCCUCGACUUGACCCUCUCGUCCCAACACCACAGCAAUGGCCGCCCCGAUACCCUCGCCCAGCGCUCUUCGCGUCCUCCGCGCCUCUGUCGCGCCUUAUACUCGCCAGUCCCAGCAAGUGCGCCACGCGACACUUCUGCGCCGACCCAAGCGACCCUACACCUUCACACAGCUCAUCCAGCUCUCGGACGGCUCUGCCUUCACCCUGCGCACCACAAACCCCCAGCCCGUCUUGAAGAGCGCAAAAGACAUUAGAAACAAUGCGCUCUGGAACCCUAGCAGCCGGAAGCUGCUGACCGUGGAGGAAGACGAUGCCGGCAAACUGGCCUCAUUCAGAGCGAAGUUUGGCACAGGGUGGGACAGCGAGGGCGACAAGAGCAAGAAGGGCGACAGCUUGCUAGACAUCAUUGGUGGAGCUGUGAAGCAGCCAGAUGCGCCGAAAACACCGACACCAGCAGGAAAGCCCGCGCCGAAGAAGAAAUAGGUGUGAUGGUAGGGUCGACGAGCACAGACCGAGAAUGGAGGUGCGUGUACAGCAUGUCAUAUUAUUGUACAGUAUGAGUUGGGAUAUCAGGAGAGCAGAAUAUAGGACGAAGACCGAACGAGCAAAUGAUACCAUUUACAUAUA